UAGGGCCAAGCCAAGCCACAAGAGAGCUCCGUUCGGUCACUUAUUCCGUUAAUGACUUAAUUCCGACUUUCGAUAACUCACUCCGUCACUAACACAUCCACGACGAUCAGGUGAUGGUGGCCAACGACGGUUAUCCACAAGCGGCGUAAUAUGGAAACUUCCGAUUCCGAUGAGCCUGACAAGAAGCGUCCUCAUCUCAACAACAACAACAACAACUCCGAUAUGGCACGUCACCCUAUUCCUUCUCCCGAAAACGGCACUGUUGAUGCAACAGUGCUACAAUAUCAAAAUCAGAAACUCGUCCAGCAAUUAGAUAUCCAGAAGCAAAAGUUGCAUGACCUGGAAGAUAAAAUUAAAGAGUUAAAACAGGGUCAAACUUCUUACGAUGAUUUCUUGAUUACAAUUAAUCAACUAUGGAAUCAGCUGGACGAUGACUUAAUUCUACUUGGAGCACGAGCCGGUGCAGGCCAAAGUGCCUUGGAAGCAUUGCAACGUGCAGAUUCUACCCGAGGUUCAGUCCCGCCGGGUCCCGCAGAGGAAAUAUUUCUUUUCAGACUCUUUCAGACAGAUUCCAUUGGAACAAAUGGAAGUGAAGAACUACUUGAUUAUAUUAAAGAAUCACUUUUGUUGAGGCAUUCAUCUACUUUGGAUUUAAUGAGAUUAAUAGAAAAUACUAUACAAAUUCUGAUGGCUAAAAUUGUAAGCAUCGAUCAAUCUUUGCAUGAAAAUUCAUCCGUAGAAGAUGCAAUUUUUCAAUCAAAUAAGAUUGACGAGUUGAUGAAAGAGGAAGUUGAUAAUUUACGUGUAGUUAUUGAAGCUCUUCAUGCUAAGCAUAAAGAAUAUGCUGAUAUGAUUCUUAGUUAUAGUCAUACACAUUCUGUGGAUCAGUCCGAGAUUAAAAAAAUUGCAGGUGACCUGGAGGACAGCAUGGCAGAACUCGAAGAAAGCCGAAGAAAACUUGUAAAUUUAAAGAUGCAAAAGGAUAGAACUUCUGUUGUGCAAACUCCAGUUCCAUGUAAUAUUAACGGAAGUAUUUCACCUGAAAGUACGGUAGACAAAACUAUGGGAUCACGCGAUUUAAAGGACUCCAUAGAGGAAGCAAAGAUACUUGCAUCUGAUCGUCUUUCUGAGCUUGAAGAAGCAAGUGAGGACAAUUUAAGCCUAUCAAAACAGUUGAACGAUCUUCAGAAUGAACUGAAGGAUUGCAAAUAUAUAUACACGUCUCGUCCUUACACUUUACUAAGCGAUCAACUUCCGUAUUGGGAAUCUGAAGUUGAACGGUUUAGGGUGCUUGUAGAUUCCUUGCAAGUUGAACGGUCAUCGGUUACACGAAAAGAAAAAGAACUCAUCAUGAAAACCGAAUCGAUAAACACUUUAAGAAAUCCUGUGGAUACUGUUGAUUCUACUAUUGAAAAAUUGGAGCAACAGCUUCAGCAAUGCAUUAAUGAGAAUAACGAGUCGGAAAUGAAAAUGGAAGAAGCUGUACAAGAUUCAGUUGUUACAGAGAGGAAAGACAUUAAAGCUGAGUUUCAAGUCAUGGCCUCUGCUUUAUCAAAAGAAAUUGGGAUGAUGACAUCACAAUUAAAUCGGUGGAAACAAACAGGAUGUGAAGCUGUUUCUUUACGGGAAGAGGCGCAGUCACUUAAAUCCUUGGUGGACAAAAAGAUUAUUGAACACAAGGAGUUGGUAGAUAAAUGUUCUGAGCAGAGUGCCGAGAUCAAGUCUUUACAGGCUCAUAUUGAGAGGCUGCAAAGGGAUCGAUUAGAAACACAAAUAUUUUUGGAUAUGAUUGGACAAAGGAUAUAUGAUAACAGGGAUAUGAUAGAAAUAAAAGAAUCUGAACAGAGAGCUCAUUCGCAAGCUGAAGUUUUAAAACGCGCGUUUGAUGAACACGGUUUAGAGUUACGGAUUAAAGCUGCGAAAGAAACCGAGGUUGCUUGCCAACAAAGAUUAUCCGAUGCUGAAUCUGAAAUUGCUGAUUUAAGUGCUAAAUUGGAUAAUUCUGAAAGGGAAGUUUUGGAACUCGCAGAGGCUAUAAAAAUUAAGGAUGGUGAAGCAGAGUCUUAUAUUUCUGAAAUUGAGACUAUCGGUCAAGCUUAUGAAGAUAUGCAGACACAAAACCAGCACUUGCUGCAGCAGGUGAUGGAGAGGGAUGACUACAAUAUCAAGGUGGUUUCUGAGAGUGUGAAGAUGAAACAAUCACACACGUCUCUACUUUCCGAAAAGCAAACCCUAGAGAAACAACUUCAACAAGUCAACUCAAAAGUUGACUCGCUCAAAUCACGCAUUGUACAUUAUGAAGAGCAGAUGAAUUCAUGCAUUACACAUGCUUUGAAGUCAACUGAAGAAGAUAGACACCUUGCCGUUAAUCUGGAAAACAGCAAGUGGGAAUUAUCUAAUGCUGAUAAGGAGUUAAAGUGUCUUAAGUCGUUGCUUUCUUCGUCCGAGAAAGAAUACGAUCAAAUCCAUAGAAAAACGGAGGAAAUUCAGGAGGAGUUGGACAAUGAAAGAAUGGACAGAAAGAAGCUUGAUGAGGAGCUUGAAGAACUAAACAUGAAAAUUACAGAAUUGACAUUAGGAAGUGGGGAAGCUGCCAUUCAGAAACUUGAGGACGAAAUCAAGGAUUGCAAAUCUAUUCUCAAAUGUGGUGUUUGCUUCGAUCGCCCAAAGGAGGUGGUGAUUGUGAAAUGCUAUCAUCUAUUUUGCAAUCCAUGCAUCCAGAGGAAUUUAGAAAUCCGUCACCGGAAGUGUCCCGGUUGUGGAAUGGCGUUUGGGCAAAACGAUGUUCGGUUUGUGAAGAUAUAGUUAGUUAGGUUAGAAUAUAGUAUUUAGAAGAAUGUUUUCACUUUGUUUUUAGCCAAAUCGGCACAUGCUCGAUAGGAUAAAGAUGAUUAUGUAAUUAGUUGGGGUACUCGGUUGCUAUGAGAAAGAAACAAUAUCUUGUGCAGCAACUUGUGUUCAGUUUUAUUGGAAGUUAUUCUCUAAGGGUUUAUUAAA